UUUGUGCACAUGUGCAUCUUGCGUGUCAAAAUUUUUGUAAGCAACCCUGGAAAAGAGACCAUACAAAGGGGGAAUAGCUAUGCAAGAUGGAGGAACAACCAGAUGCCCGCUCUUAUUUUUUAUUGCUAUAUGUUGUAAGACACCUUGACAGUCAUAUAAUCAAAAGGCAAAGUAUAGAUCAGUGAUGGAAAAUUACUGGUUCUCCAGAUGUUGCUAAACUCCCAACAGCCCCAGUCAGCAUGAUAAAUGGGAGAUAGUGGAAAACUUAAUAGCAUCGGAAGGGCCACAGGUUCCCCUGCAAUAUCAAAAUGCAGUAUAAAAACAUUCUCCACCAGAAGUACACACCUGCACUAGUCUUUGCUAAAAUAUUCUAAACUGGGGAUAUCUGCAUAAGUGAACGGAUACAUUUUGCCCCUUACAUAAAUUCUAAACAAUUGUGAAUAGGCAACAUUUAAAUAUUUGUGGACUACACUUUUUUAAAAGGCAACGUAAAAUUUGCCUGAAGAAGGGGGACACCUGUACAAACUAAAUUUAGUGCCUCCAACGUAAAAAGAUGGCCAUGGGCUGGGGCCAUAUUUCCAGAAAGAUUUGUUUUCUCUGGAGUUUGCAGGCAGAGGAGAGUGGGGAGGGGACCAACCACCUCCGACAACUAGGAGGGGGAGGAAGAGAGGGGAGAGAUAAGGAAGACAGGAAUGGCAGGGCCCGUGCUGCAAACCUAGUCUGAGGAGACCGCCUCCUCUGCAAGAAGCGUUUCUGAUGCACCAUUUGUCUGCUGCUUCAAUGGAGGAGGAGACGAAGAAAAGCAAAAAGUGAACUCGGCAUCCCUUCCCGAACCCAAGACUUUCCACCACCCGCUCUUGGAAAAGGGAAGUCUCUUGGCUGGUUGGCAUCCAUCUGUUUCGGUAGACAGUGGAGGAGUGUGCCUUGGGUAGAGAUCGAUACGGGAGAGAGAAGUUUGAUUGCAGCUGGAGCAGAUGAAGACAUCCAAUUUCUCUGCUACAGAUGCGCCAUGGCGUUUCUUCACUCUGCGCUCCUCCCGGCGAUCGUUCCUCCUCUGAUCACUGUGGAUGCACGACCCGACUGCCCGUCUCCGGGCGCUGCAAAGGAUUCGCACACGCGGCGGGGUGGGUGUCGCCGACCUUCAAGUCACGUUUGCAGACACCCGCGCCCAAAGGAUCCAUGCAUGCCGGCUCCGGUGAAACCCCCACGGGGGGGAAGGAAAGUGCGCCAAGAGGCGCCGCGCCGGAGGGAGAAGCUCCACUCCGCCCGGGAGGGCGCCCUCUUCCCGGAAAUUCUGGGGGCAGGAGUCUCCCUCGCAGGGACCGCGCGCGCUCCCCCCACCAUCAAGGAAUCGCCACCGCGGGAGGGGGCUGCGGGGCGUCGGGCACGCGCCGCGAGAGCGUUCCCUCGGCGGAAGCUGCUUCUUCCUUCCCCAGGAGGAGCAGGCGGGGCUAAAGGCGAGGGAGGCGGCGCAGGAGGCGGAGCGCCCGCCCCGCAGCCGGCGCCGGUCACCCCUGAGAGGAGGAGAGGAGAGCCGGGUGGCGGCAAAGGGGGACCACCAUCGCCGCCUCCAGCAGCAGCAGCAGCAGCAGCAGCAACAACCCAAGCGGCUCCGCUCCCUUCUCGCCGCCCGCGCACAGACGAAGCCGCCGCCGCCGCCGCUCCCGCUGGAACAGCCCUUCCUGGCCCUCGGCCGGGGACCCCGCGGUGCCCGCAACCCGCCUUCCUCGGGCGCGGGGUGGUCAGCCCCAAGCGGAGGACGUCAGCUGGCCUAGCCGCCCCUGCUCUUGCCCCGCUUCUCGCGCCGGAGCAGGAGGCGAUGAGCGGCCUCGAGGACUACGCAGGUGCGAGCCCCGUGCCCAGCCCCGGAUCCCCCGGAGGGGACGAGCCUCCACAGAAAAGACAAAGAACUGUAGAAGACUUCAAUCAGUUCUGCACUUUUGUGCUAGCUUAUGCAGGCUACAUCCCAUACCCGAAGGAGAAUGAGCCUUGGCUCCACAGAGGCAACAUGAGCCCCCAGAACAGCACAGGCAGCACUCAAGACAGUGACAGCUGGGCCUCAUCUCAGUGCUGUGACUCCCAUGUGCUAUCAGAUGAUGGAGGAAUCAGGAACACUACAUGCAGAGGGACUGGAAACGUCCUACUGAACUCUGACAUUUCCAGUGGCUUUUGUACAGGCCGACCGCUGCAAACCAAGAAGAGGAAGCAGUCAGCAAAGAAGCUCAUCUUGGACCGAGAGGUGGAUAAGAGGGUGAUGCCAAUGAACACAAAGGACAUUAAGCAGGAAAGGAUUGAGCCAGGUAAAGGGACACACCUAGAAUCAAGGGAACUUGAAUCCUGUCUCCCAAAGGAAGAGCUCCAGUCCACAUCUCUGCUGGAGCAAUACAUAAAGCAGAAGGACUGGAUCCAUGGAAUGCAAGCAGCUGAGAAGCCUGAGGAACAGAACUCGUGCAAAGAGGAAAGAAUCAGCCCUGCCUGUUGGAACACCGUAGAGCAGAACAGUGAGGAAGAACUCAGUAGAGACGGCUCCCAAAUCAGUACUUUGUGUGAGGAUUUUGCUGCUGCCUCAGACACCAAAACCGAUGAGGAUGAUGCCUGGGAUCUCAUCACUUGCUUCUGCUUAAAGCCUUUUGCUGGGAGACCUAUGAUCGAGUGCAAUGAAUGUGCCACUUGGAUCCAUCUCUCCUGUGCCAAGAUACGUAAAUCCAAUGUGCCUGACAUCUUCAUCUGCCAACGAUGCCGUGAUGCAAAGCAGGAGAUUCGCCGCUCAAACAGAGCCCGCACCAUUCCCCGCAAGCGAUUCUGUGACUGACUUUGGCUUGGGGGGUGGCUGGGUUCCCUUUGAACUUGGACUGGAUCCCUAUUGGCAAGACAAUCAAAAUGCAGGAGCCUCCCUGGGAAAUAAGUGCGGGGGCCCUAUGCUUCCAGAAACGUGUGUCUUAUUCAAGCCUAUUGCAGGUGGGUGGGGCAUGCUGUUCUCUACUUGAUAGGGCCUGAACUGUGCUUUUGAGAUCUCAGGGUUACACUAGAGCAGCAAAUGCAAAGGUGCCUGGCAGACACGUGACUGGUUUGGUGGAUUCCAGUGCACAAUGCACUAAGUCAGCCAGAAGCCUCUUUGACCUUGUGCAAAAAGGGCUCGGUGCCUUUCAACUAUCUAUGGGAAGCUGGCCUAAAGUUUGUUCUUUUGUGGUACAGUAGCUGCUCAGGCUUAAAUUUUGUAAGUUUAUGGCCCCAGGUUUGUUCAUGGGUUUUUUGUUUCCUUUGACCCUAGAUCCAAUUAUGUUCUGGUUAGUUGAAGCUUCUGAAUCCCUUCAUGAAGUUAAAGCACAUGUUAGAAGAAGGCAGCUAGCUGUCUUCCUGUGUACACACUGCUUGGGAGAGAACCUUCUGCAACUGAAAUGGCAGAUUCCCAUUCUCUGUUGGCAUGAACUGCAAUGCAGGGCAAUUGACAUUAAACUUCAGUAAUGUGGUCAUUGCGCCUAGUUCUAAGGAAUCUGCCCUCUUCAGAAACUUAAAUACACUGUGCUAUUCCCAGUCAGGCUAGUCACCUGAGGUGGGUGGCAAUUUUCACUUAAUGUAAAUAUUUUAUAUACAAUUACUUAGAAAACUUCUUGCUAUACCUGCUCCAUAUUAAACUACCACCCUUCCCUAGACUUCCAGUUGCACUAGUGUCCAAUUUGAAGGGAGUACAGGAGUUGUGGGGGAAAGACCAAAGCUGACAGCAGUAGAGGUGGUGAUGAGUUUACUGCUCUAGAAUCUAAAGAGAUGGCAGUAGCAGAAGACUUAAGGUAUGAUGGUGAGCCACACUGAAGAAGCAGAUUGGGUCCUGCUUUCAUUUCAAGUUGCUCUCUCAUUGCUGAGAAUAUUUCACCUUGUUGCCAUAGGUGAAAUGUGGGGCACGCUAAAUGGUGACCUGUCUACUAUGCAAACCUUUGCUUUUUUUUCUUGGGGCAAUCAUGCCAGCAAGCUAUUGCUUGUUUUGGAGGACAGGUCUCCCUGCACUGUCUAUACCAGACCACUGAACCUCUUUUAUUUGACCCACGUGCCUUCUUGAUCUUACACACACACCACCUUAUAUUUGACAAUGUAUGUACAACCCUAUUCUCACUGUACAAGGUAUUUUCAUUGGCUUGUGAUGGGCCUUUUCCUAUGUAGGACAGACUUCUCAUCAGGUUGUAGGAAUUUAGGGAGCUACUCCAUGAAUGUCUUACUUCCCCUCUGCCCCCUCAAAGUGUUUACACUUUUAUAGGUAGUCACUUUCUAUUAAAGAUGUAAAGUAGUGUAUUGUGGUACUUUGUCCUAUGCCAAGUGUUUGGAGUGCUAUGUAUAGAAUAAAAAUACUUUUUAAUCAGUUA